AUGUCGUCGCCGACACCACGACCAGUUUUUCUUUACGGAACUCUAUGUGCCCAGCCUCUCCUCGCUUGGGCCCUGACGGGAGAUGCAUCCAAUACUUCCGCCGUAUCUCAGCUUAUCCGACCCGCAAGAGUCCACGGAUACUCGCGAGUCUCGCUCCGAGGUCGCGACUACCCGGCAGCUAUUAAGCAUGAACCGCACUCGUUAGUGGAUGGUUAUUUGCUUAUGCUCGAAACUACCUCCCAGCGUAAAAAGCUGGAUAACUUCGAGGGAAAGGCGUUUAAGCCAGUAUCCGUGGCUGUUACAAUUUUCGAUUCGGAGAACAAGCCUCAAGAGAAAACGGUAGAAGCCGACAUCUCCAUCUGGGCUGGCGAAGAAAGUGCUCUCACAACCGAUCCUUGGGAGCUGGAAGUCUUCGAAAAGGAGAGACUUGAGGCUUGGUUGGACCUUUUCCAAGGAGUGAAACUUGUGGGCGAGAGCGAAGACUGA